GAGGGCGUGGCUGUUCAAAAUUUCGGUUAAUUAGAACAUUUAGGUUCUUUGCAAAGAUUUAUAAAGCAAGGGUCUUCAAAACUGAGCUUUCUUUGGACUUGACUGUUUUUCUGUAGCUGUUGACGACACAGACAUUUGAGCAGCCAGUAUGACUGAUGCCAAGUACUUCACUACCACCAAGAAGGGUGAGCUCGCUGAGAUGAAGGCAGACCUUCAGAGUGACAAGAAAGAGAAGAAAAAAGAGGCAGUCAAGAAGAUCAUUGCCAGUAUGACUGUUGGCAAAGAUGUCAGUUCUCUAUUCGCCGACGUAGUCAACUGCAUGCAAACGGAUAACCUCGAGUUGAAGAAACUGGUGUACCUAUACCUGAUGAACUAUGCCAAGACUCAACCAGACCUUGCCAUUCUGGCUGUGAACACCUUCUCCAAGGACUGCGAGGACCCGAACCCUCUCAUUAGGGCUCUGGCUGUGCGAACCAUGGGCUGCAUUAGGGUGGACAAAAUCACCGAGUAUCUCUGUGAGCCCCUCAGGAAAUGUCUCAAGGAUGAUGACCCCUAUGUGCGUAAGACUGCAGCUGUGUGUGUGGCCAAGUUGCACGACAUCAACAACCAGCUGGUGGAGGACCAAGGCUUUCUAGACCUGCUCAAGGACCUCCUAUCAGACUCCACCCCCAUGGUUGUUGCCAAUGCCGUCGCUGCCCUUGCUGAGAUUGGGGAGGUCUCCCCCACUGCUGCUGCCCUGACUGACCUGGACAUGCCCACCAUCAACAAGCUGCUCACUGCCCUCAAUGAGUGCACAGAGUGGGGCCAAGUGUUCAUCCUCGACUCUCUCUCUAACUACUCACCAGAGAGUGAGCAGGAGGCCCAAAACGUUUGUGAACGUGUCACACCUCGCCUCUCACACGCCAAUGCAGCUGUUGUCCUCUCUGCUGUUAAGGUGCUCAUGAGGUUCAUGGAGGUUCUCUCUUCUGAUUCCUCUUACUUCACCCAAUUGACUAAGAAGCUGGCUCCCCCACUUGUGACACUGCUCUCUGCUGAACCUGAAAUCCAAUUUGUUGCUCUCAGGAACAUCAAUUUGAUUGUCCAAAAGAGACCUGACAUUCUGAAGGAGGACAUCAAGGUUUUCUUUGUCAAGUACAAUGACCCUAUCUACGUGAAACUGGAGAAGUUGGACAUCAUGAUUCGCCUAGCCACUCCUGCAAACAUUGGCAAUGUUUUGGCAGAGCUGAAAGAGUAUGCGGCCGAGGUGGAUGUGGACUUUGUGCGUAAAUCAGUGCGUGCGAUUGGUCGAUGUGCCAUCAAGGUGGAGUCAGCCUCUGAGCGUUGUGUCAGCACCCUGGUGGAACUUAUCCAGACAAAGGUGACAUAUGUGGUUCAAGAAGCUGUGGUGGUGAUAAAGGAUAUCUUCAGAAAGUAUCCCAACAAGUAUGAGAGCAUCAUCUCCACACUCUGUGAGAAUCUGGACUCCCUCGAUGAACCAGAGGCCAGAGCCUCCAUGAUCUGGAUCCUGGGUGAGUACUGCGACCGUAUUGACAAUGUCGAUGAACUACUCAGCUCCUUCGUGGAGAACUUCCACGACGAGAACGCACAAGUCCAACUGCAACUCCUCACUUCAACCGUCAAGCUCUUCCUCAAACGACCAGCUGACACCCAGGAGCUGGUACAGAGCGUGCUCAGCCUGGCCACGCAGGACAGUGACAACCCUGACCUGCGAGACAGGGGCUACAUCUACUGGAGACUGCUCUCCACUGAUCCGGCAGCCGCUAAAGACGUGGUGCUGGCUGAGAAACCGACCAUCUCUGAGGAAACUGACCUUCUCGAGCCUGGCCUGUUGGACGAGCUCAUCUGCCAUAUAUCGACCCUUGCUUCAGUGUAUCAUAAGCCGCCAUCUGCGUUUGUGGAGGGCAAGGUGCCUGUCAAGAGAAUGACCCUCCAACCAAGAGCUGAGCCUUCGUCUUCCCAGUCUACUGAGGAGCAAGCUCCUGCUGCGAUACAGCCGACGGUGAUCCAGGCCGAUCAGGGAGGGGACAAUCUGCUCAUAGGAGACCUUCUCUCUCUGGACAUUGGCUCCAAUCCAGCAGCUCCUGUUGACCUAGGUGGAGGAAGUCUUGCUGAUCUUCUAAGUUCUGACCUGUCUGGACUACAGUUUGAUCCAAUGGCGUCCACUGGCCUUGGUUUCCAGCCUCCUAUGAGUAUGGCUGCGCCUGUAUCUAGUGGUGGGGGGCUGGACUUCCUGGGAGGUCUGGGAGGAUUUGGAGGAAUGGGAGGAAUGGGUGUCGGCAGUAGCAGCGGACCCACAUUCUACACCCCACCUAAAGAGGUGUGGAUUAAUGCUCAGACUGGCAAGGGCAUGGAAAUCAGUGGGACAUUCCGUCGUGCUGCUGGUCAGAUAUUUGCCGACAUGACAUUCACCAACAGGGCCCUCAUGCCAAUGGGAGACUUUGCCAUCCAGUUUAACAAGAACAGUUUUGGGCUGAUAAACGGUGCUCCGUUGGUAGUCCAGACUCCAUUGCUGCCCAACCAGCCUGCCAACACCAGUCUACUUAUCAACCCUGGAGGAGGGGUCCAGAGAAUGAACCCACUCACUCUGCUACAAGUGGCCAUCAAGAAUAACAUUGGAGUGCACUAUUUGGCCAUUACUAUGAAUAUGAACGUGCUCCUUCAGGAAGAUGGGAAAAUGGAGAAAAUGGAGUUCCUUGCCACCUGGAAGAACAUUCCAGCUCAGAACGAGUACCAAUCCACCAUCAACGUCUCUGCCAGCCCUGAUGAGGUGGAGAAGAAACUAGAGGCUAACAAUAUCUUUAAGAUAGCCAAUCGCGCUGUUGGUGACCAACAGCUCCUCUACAUGUCCGCUAGCUUCAUCAACAACAUCAAGGUGUUGGCUGAGCUCAAGAUAUCUCCUGAAAAUAGCAUUCAGCUUUCCCUGAAGACGGUAGUUGCUGAUGUUGUGCCCGGCUUCCAGAAGAUCAUCAGCGACAUCCUUAGUCAAUAGUUAAGCUUGUGGACUAUUAGACUGAAAGAAACAGUGUACGUACGGCUACUUAGUAUGCGAUUU